AUGUUUCUGACGGUCAGCCUAGUCUUGGUAGCGCUUGGCACGCUUUAUGUUUAUUUGGUGUGGCACUUCAACUACUGGAAGGAUCGCAAUGUUCCUGGCCCAAAACCGAUGCCUCUACUAGGAAGCUUUCCAUCGUUCGUACUUCGUCAUCGACCGUUUUUGGAAGAAAUGGAUGAAACUUACAGGAAAUAUAAAGGAACCUACAACUUUGUGGGAGUGUUUGGAAACCGUUCUCCACGUAUAUUUGUUUUAUCGUCGGCUCUAGCCAAGAAUAUCCUCUCAAAGGAUUUCAAACACUUUCACGACAACGAGUUUAGCGAAACUAUAAAUAAAGAAGCAGAUCCGCUCUUUGGUCGAAAUCCGUUUAUGUUGAAUGGUGAAGAAUGGAAGCAAAAGCGUGCUGAAAUUACACCGGCUUUUACCACCUCUAGGAUGAAGGCUUUGUAUUCCUUUGUGGAAGACGUAGGAUCCCGUAUGACGGAUUACCUAAAACAACAAGCUAGCAAACCAGUAGAGGCAAAAGAAUUGGCGGCAAAAUUUACUACUGAUGUCGUCUCCAGUUGUAUAUUUGCUGCUGAUGCCCAAUCGUUUACUAGUGAUAAGCCGGAAAUUCAGGAGAUGGGUAGAAAGCUGUUGGACUUUUCGUUUUUUUCGUUCGUUUGCAUGAUAUUUAUGGAAAUGUUUCCUAAAAUUGCUAAAAAAUUGAAAAUUGGCUUCAUAUCCAAAUCAAUCGAAAAAUUCUUCUGCAAUUUGAUGUCGGAAGCAAUUACCCAUCGCGAAGCCAGUGUUGUUAAAAGGAUCGAUUAUCUCGAUUAUUUAAUUAACUUACGAAAGAAAAAAGAAAUUGCCGAAAUAGACAUGGCAGCACACGGUGUAACGUUCUUCAUUGACGGUUUUGAGACGUCCAGCGUUGCAAUCUCAUUUGCUUUAUAUGAGCUAGCGAGAAAUCCAGCGAUCCAAAAACGUCUUCGGGAGGAACUGCAACGAGCACCAGUGGAUAAUGGCCUGAUCUCGUACGAUAUUUUGCAAGAAUUGCCAUAUCUCGACCAGGUUCUGAGUGAAGUACUUCGUCUUUGGCCACCAGCCGCUUUCUUAUCCAAACGCUGUACUGAAGCAAUUGAGUUGGAGGUUACAUCUACUCAAAAAGUGCUUGUAGAAAAGGGUGUCUGUGCCUACAUCCCCCUUUGGUCGAUUCAUCGUGAUCCAGAUAACUUCGACGAUCCCCUUGCGUUCAAUCCGGAUCGUUUCAGCACCGCCACAGGCGGUACUAAUCCGUACCGUGAAAAAGGAUGCUUCUUUCCAUUUGGCGACGGCCCGCGGCAGUGUCUUGGAAUGCGAUUUGCACGUAUGCAGGUCAAACGAGGAAUAUAUGAAAUCAUUAUGAACUUUGAAGUUACAAUGGAUUCGAAGACAAAGGAUCCUCUGUUGAUAGAUCCAAAGCAGCUAUUGACUGGGGCACUCGGUGGAAUUUGGUUGAAUUUCAAUCCGAUUUGGAAGUAA